AUGGCAGAAUCCAGUCAACCAAAUCCAAAUAGCAAUUGGACCCACGUCUACGUAGAUGGAUCAUGCUCCCAUAAUGGCACCACCAACGCCAUAGGAGGAAUAGGAGUGUGGUUCGGAGAGAAACACCCUUUGAACACCCACAAGACCCUUGUAGCGGAACGCAUCACCAACAUCACCGCAGAAACUGCUGCUGCAAUAGAAGCCUGCAAAUUGUGCUUCCGACAUGACAUAAGACGAGUCAAAAUCUUUACCGAUUCGAAAUACCUAAUCAGCUACAUGACUGAACACCUACCUAAGUGGAAAGGAAAUGGAUGGCUGAAUGCCAAAGCCAAACCUGUCGUGAAUCAAAAACUAUUAAAAGAGCUCGACACACUCAUGCAUCAAUUAGAGGUCAAAUUUGAAUACACUCCUGGGCACCAAGGGGUCCACGGAAAUGAAAAAGCCGAUGAAUUGGCUAAAAUUGGGUCAAAAAUCUAUUCUGCAACCUAA